UACAUAUAUAUAGCAAAAUUGAACAAUGGUUAUGCACAGUCCUUAUCCUGAUCUGGUAAUUCCAGAAGUACCUCUACACGAAUAUAUUCUGAAGAGAAUCCAAAAUUAUGGAGACGAUAUUGCUAUGGUCGACUACACAAGAGGUGAAUCAAUUACGUUUCGACAAGUACACGAUCAAAUACGAAGAUGUGCCAGUGCACUUUAUAAGCGGGGAAUGAGGAAAGGAGAUGUCGUUGCAAUAUGUUCAUCAAAUCGCGUGGAAUACGCAAUUAUAAUUCUUGCUGCUGCCGCUUGUGGUGGAAUAUCAACAACGUGCAAUCCGGUGUAUCAGAAAGCGGAAAUUCUACAGCAGUUUAGACUUUCCAAGCCCAACAUUGUAUUCUGCGAUUCCGAAGCUUUCCAGAGAAUGAGAGAUAUCGCAGAGGAUCUGCCAACAUUGCGGGAAGUGUAUACAUUCGGCGAGACACAAGGAAGUAUUUCGUACAACACACUUGUUCACAACGAUGAUGGGAAAGAUUUUCCUCGAGUACAAAUAGACACAAAGGAAGAUUUGUUGCUCUUGCCGUAUUCAAGUGGAACAACAGGAUUGCCAAAAGGAGUCAUGUUAACCCACCAUAACCUAAUGGCCCAAAUGAUAUUAACUGUAGUUGUGUUCUAUCAAACCCGCUGUUCAUCAUACUACAUGGUAGUCCCGAUGUUUCAUACAUUUGGUUACUCAAUGACCUUAUAUAUGUUGAUGCAAGGGACAAAGAAUGUUUUCGAUUCUAGAUUUGAAGUUGAAAGAUUUUUAAAGGCACUUGAAACACAUAAAGUGACGCAUUUUUCAGCAGUUCCCCCGAUUAUGUUGAAAUUAGCACAAACUGAUCUCGAUAAAAAAUAUGACUUAUCAUCGUUACAAAGAAUGGUCAGUGGAGCAGCACCAACUGCGCCCUCAUUAAUUACAGAAAUCCAAGAGAAAUAUAAUAUCUUAGUCACACAGUCUUACGGGAUGACGGAAAUGGUUCCUCUUGCAAUGGCCGACCCUCUUGUUAAAAAGUUGAACUCUGUCGGAAAUAUUGCUCCUAAUACUAUUAUAAAGGUUAUCGAUAUUGAGACAGGAAAGGAACUCGGCAUCGGAGAAGACGGUGAAAUUGUGGCCAAAGGACCACAGAUGAUGAAAGGUUAUCUUCAAAACCCCGAUGCAACCGCUAGGACAAUUGAUUUGGAAGGAUGGAUUCAUACAGGCGAUAUUGGGCAUUACGAUGAAAACGGGAUGCUGUACGUUGUAGACAGAUUGAAAGAGUUGAUUAAGUACAAGGGAUUUCAGGUAGCACCAGCUGAAUUAGAGGCUUUACUGUUGACGCAUCCCGACAUACUGGAUGCAGCAGUAAUUGGUGUACCUCACCCAGACGCUGGUGAAGUUCCUAAAGCAUUUAUUGUGAAAAGAGAUGCAGCAUUAACUGCAGAAGACGUUGAAUGGUUUGUUGCAAAGGAACUGGCGCACUACAAAAAGUUGAGAGGAGGGGUGGAAUUUCUAGAAACAAUACCGAAAUCUCCUAGUGGGAAAAAUUCUUCGACGAGAACUGAGAAAACUGCCAAUCGUUCGUUUUCGCAUGUGAAGUGAUUUUAAUGCCGUUUUGCAAUAAGUCAUUAAAUUGUAUUUACAAAAUUUAAAUCAUGAAGUUUAGGUUUCUAUGUUUGGUUAUAUUAUAGUAUAUUGUUAUAUUACUGAUUACCACAAAUUACAUGAUUAUCUUUUUCGAUUUCAA